CUCCGAAGCAAGACGAACCUGGCCUCCUUCGGACAUCACCGUCCCUCCAGAUCCGGCGGAACAGCGGACCCGCCCCCCCUGGCAACUCUUUGGUCCCUCCCGCUCUCCCACGUCUGGACUCCCAACCUAAAAAAAUAGCCUCGGAACCAAACCAUCUUUUUUAAUCUAUUCCCCCUUCCUUAUUUCCUUUGUCUGACAAAAAAAAAAGAAAAGAAAGUAAAAAGAAGAUAAUAAAAAAAAGAAGUCGGUAACGGUGGAAGAGAUGGAGAGGAGAGAGAGGGUGAACGAGAGAGGCUAAGCAUCAGUCCCAGUAGUAGUUGGUAAGAGAGAAAGGGAGUAAGAGAGAGAGAGAGAUGAUGGCAAAGGCCGCGGCGGCGAAGAAGAGGGGCCGGCCGCGGAAGAAGCGGAAGGGCUGGCCCCCUUGUCCCGAUCCCCCUCUUCCCGUCGUCCUCCACCGCUCCCCUCCUCCUCCCUCGCCGGCUCCCGAGCCCCCCCGCCGCACCCUCCGCCCCCGCCGGCGUCGGCGUCCCCUUAACGACUUCACCGACGAUGAGUUCGACGACGAAGAAGAGGAAGAAGACGGGAGGAGGAGGAGGAGGAAGCUCAAGCUCGUUCUCAAGCUCCCCAACGUCUUUCCUUCCAGAAGGGAUGAGCGGUGCUCCGACUCGCCAGUCCUUGCCUGUAGGUCUCGGAGGAUUCCCUCUUCCGGCCACAUGUCCUCAUCCUCGUCCUCCGCUUCGUCCUCCUCGUACGUGGAUGACGAUGAGGAGGAGGAGGAGGAGGAGGAGACCAUCAAGCCCCCCAAGAACAGGAGGACCGAGGGCUGUGACGAUGGCGUAGGCUCGGAUGGAUCCGGUGACCAGGAGAGAGGAGGCAAGAGAGAGCUUCGGAGAUGGUCGAAGGGCUCUGCUUCAGGGCUAUCAUCCAAUUCGUUUGCAGGAACCCCUUUACCGGAGAGGAAAACACUGGAGGCCAUUCUCGAUAAGCUUCAGAAGAAAGACACGUAUGGUGCGUUUGCAGAGCCAGUGGAUCCAGAAGAGCUUCCAGACUAUCAUGAGGUAAUUGAGCAUCCGAUGGACUUCGGCACUGUAAGCAAGAAGCUUGCGAGCAAUGCCUACCGCUUCUUCGAGCAAUUUGAGGAUGACAUCUUCUUAAUUUGCAGUAAUGCCAUGCAGUACAAUGCACCAGAUACCAUAUACUUUAGACAGGCACGCUCGAUACAAGACAUGGCAAGACAACAAUUUCGGAAACUAAGAGUUGAUGGUAAAUGUGCUGAAACAGCUGGGAAAUCCGAAGAGAAAAUUAAUUUCAACCCCCAUGAAAAGAAGCCACAAAUGAAGUCCCUGUCCAGAACUGCACAAGAGCCACUUGGCUCUGACAUCUCCUCUGCUGCCACUCUUGCCUCCACAGGGGAUGCGGGCACUGCACUGAGCACAGCACAAGCUAAUGGUGUUGAGGCUCCUGUCAUUCUUAAUGGGUUUGCAGAUGGUAGUUCUUCUCUGGGUGAGAGUAAAUCAGAGAAAGCAGAUGAACUUUCAGCAAAGAGUUCUCCUGCAAAGCUUGCACGGAAGCUGUUUGUGGUUGAUGAAAAUCGGCGUGCAACUUACGACAAUAUAUCUGAGCAACAGCCCAUGCUUGAACCUGAGUCGGUGUUUGAUGUCUUUGAAAGCGAGACAAAGAAGCUGGUUGCUGUAGGACUCCACAUGGAGUACUCAUAUGCAAGGAGCUUGGCUCGUUUUUGUGCUUUUCUUGGGCCCAUUGCCUGGGAAAUAGUAUCUAAGAGAAUUGAGAAAGCAUUACCUGCUGGGGUAAAAUUUGGCCCUGGAUGGGUUGGGGAAUUCGAACCACUCCAAACUCCUGUUCUGUCUCUUAAAAAAAACAACCUGCAGCAGCUAGGUUUGAAUUCAAACUUUCAGUUUAAGUUGCCAUCAAGAAAGAAUAAGGAGGCAAAAGAUGCAUCGCAAGCCACCCAGAAUUGUGAACCUGAGGACAUCAGGCUGGGUCUUAAGAGUCAGGUAACCAGUGGAUUGUCAAAUAAAGCACCUAAUCUUGUAAAGGAGAGUGACUGUCAUCGAAAAAGUACCAUAGAACUGAAGCAGGGUUUGUCCCGUGUUACUGCUGGAACCCAACCUGGCAUCACUAGUGAUACAGCACAGCAACAGAAGGAUAAGGCAACUGUUAAUUCUGCCAAGACUUGCGGUAAUGUUUCGGAGCAAGUCCGACUGUGCCAUUCAACCAGUGUGAGUAGCAUUCCUGUUGAAACAGCUUUACAAAGGCCAGACUAUCAUUCUGAAGCGGUGACUACAAGAUCACCUGAGAUAAUUUUCUGGCAUAAGAACCAGGGGCAACCUGGCAACCUAAAACUGGCAGAAGCUAUGGCAUUUCAAAGUAGAAAUGAAGGCUUGAGCAUGGAUUUCUGUGGAUUGAGUAAUGGGAAAGCAACAGGGAACUCUGAUAGUAAUAGACUGAGUACUACUUUGGGAUUCAUCCCCAAGCAUCAGCCAGGAACUGUAGGUAACUCUCUUGCCAUUGGUAGUCAGGAGCAGAGGAUCAAUAAUCAUUCAAGGUUAAUGGGUUUGCCAGACCGGAUAUCCAACCAGCUAAACAUUUCAAACUUCAGCAUUGAUGCUCCAAAACAUUUUUCUUCAGCCGUUCUUCCCUCUGGUAGAGAGAAUAUGAAUGCUGCUGCCACUGCUGCUGCUCGAGCAUGGAUGUCUAUUGGAGCUUCAGCAGAGUGUAAAGCAGUUGCUGGCAGGGGUCUUCCCAACAACCAAGUAGGAUCUGCAUCCUUUCACAAUUUUGCUUGGAAAAGUCCGGGCUCACCUUCAGGGAUGCAUGAAGAUUUGAAGACAAGACCCGUGCCUUACUUAUUCCGGCAACCCAACCAAGUUGGCAGUGAAGAAUCUAAGGUUCGCAGCAAAGAAUUGGUUAUUUUUCCCCAAUUAGUUGGAACUGAUUUAUCAAGUUUUCAUGGCCAGUCUCGAUGGCAAGGUCUAGUUCCACAUACUGAGCAGAAGCAAAAUAAGGAUAUGUGUCCUCCAGAUUUAAACAUCGGUUUCCAGCUUCCUGGGUCCCCCGUUCAUCAGUCCUCAGGCAUACUCAAGGACUCCCAACAACCUGACUUAGCUUUGCAGCUAUGAAUUUUGGAUGUUGUGCUUGCUCUUGUGAUUUUAGUGCAGGCAGGAAUAGAGGAAAUAGCAGCAACUGGUAACGAGUUAGUGGUUGGAACGAAUUGUGGGUGGAUCUAGAAUUGGAUGAUAUUUGCGAAGUUGCGUCGAUUAGGAUGCUGCAAAUAUAUUUUAGCAAACUAAUGAUCACAAGGCGAUACCUCAUCGUUGUUGUGUCCGAUAAUGUGCAACAAGUUCAGGUCUGUAUCAUCAACCAAUUUGGCAUCAAAUUUAUUACACGGAAAAGUUUCACUGUUGGAAGGGGAUAAAAAGGGACAAUUCUUUAGAUCGUUUUGGUGGAUGAGUUUAUUGGUGGGAGAAUUGGCUAGUCUAUCAAUGCACUGAUUGUGGAGUGGACUUGGGUAAAUUUACUAUGGCAGUGUUGAUUGUUCCAGAAGCUGUUCUGUCAGUUGACAGUUUAAAGCACAUGCUUUCUAGUGUGAUCGAAAGAUUUGUACAUCAGAUUAGGAGCACAAAUCCUUGUUUAUGCUUGAGCUUUUCCAGUAAGUGCAGCAGGUCGCUACGUGCCCUAUGUAUCCAUAUUAUCAUGUAUCAUCCCCUGUAAAUUGCUGAACAGGAUACAAGUAGCUUCUUAUUGAAUGUGAUCUCCAUCUUAAUACCA